AUGGCACCCUCCCAGCCCUGCGACAGGUCGCACGAGGUACCUGCGCAAGCGAGGCUAUCGCCGGCGAAAGACUUUCCUCGAGGAUUCCCUUCCGAGCCGGAGAUGUACAGGGAGCAGUCCUUCUCCUCCACCCAGACCGGAAGUUGGGAGACAAGCGAGGGCAGCCCAGAGCGAAAGGAAGGCAGCUUGCCUCGUCCGAGGACUUGGCACCCUGCCACCCGGGACUACAAACUCAAGAUGAUGGCGAAGACCUUCUUGCAGGCGAACGGCUUCAUGCACAUCAACGAAGCCCAGCAUUCGUGGGGUCGCACCCGCUACCCAUUGCAUGUGGCAGUCUCCCAGAACAAGCCUGCGAUUGUGAAAGCUUUGUUGCUCCUGGGCGCGCGGCGCAAUGUGAAGACGCGGCGGGGCCUCACCCCGGAGGACCUUGCACGGCGCAGCGGCUUCCAAGAAGUCCUCAAUGUUUUGGAACAGGCGACGCUUCAGAAAGAAAGCACGCUUGAAAGUUUUUGCUCGACGAAUGGCAUGGCGAGCAUCCAAAUGUGA